AUGGCGACAAGUGACAGCCGCCCCUGCCCGGGAUCCGCCCCCCGCCAUCCCGGGGACACCGCGGGGUCCCGUGUCCCCAAACCCAGCGGGUCCCGUGUCCCCCAAAACCCCCCUGGGGACACCGCGGGGUCCCGUGUCCCCAAACCUCCCGGGGACACCUCGGUCCCCCCCGACCCCCCCGGUCCCUCCCGUCCCCCCCGGGCUCGGCGGAGGCUCCGCGGCAGCUCCGGGGCUCGGAGCCCGCCCGGAGAGCGCCGGAGGAGUUUUAGGGUGAUUUUGAGGGGAUUUGGCGUUGAUUUUCGUGGAUUUUCUGGGAAUUUUGAUGGGAUUUUUGGGGGGAUUUUUACGGGAUUUUUGGGGCGAUUUUUACGGGAUUUUUGGGGGGAUUUUGGGGUCUCACCCCAUCCUUCCCCGCAGCCCGCGGGCGCCUCCAGCCCCAUCGUGCUGCUCCAGGAUGUCACCGCCACGCUCCGAGCGCUGCCCUCGCUCCGGGACAAACCCAAAACCAUCCGGGUCAUCACCAGGGACCUCAUCCGGGAGCUCAUAAUUCCCAGGGAUCGGUCCCCGGCCUCGCUCAUCAUCGGCACCAAGGAAUUCCAGCGGAUCCAGGAGGAGGCUCAGGCUCCGGGGCGGCAGCGCGCGGAUCGGCUGCGGAUCCUCAAAUCCCGCCAGGACGCGGCUUUUGAGCAGCUGCGGCGCGUGCGGAGCGCGGAGCUGGGCAGGGACGAGCAGCAGGACAGGGACAGGGACAGGGACACGGACCAGGACAGGGACACGGAGCAGCAGGAGGAGGGGGAGAAUGUGAAAAAGAUUUCAGACCACUCCAGCCCCAUCGUGCAGCUCCGGGACGUGAGGAGCGCCCCGGGCCCGGUGCCCUCGCCUCAGGACAAACCCAAAACCAUCCGGGUCUUCACCAAGGACGUGGUCCGGGAGCUCGUAAUUCCCAGGGAUCGGUCCCCGGCCUCGCUCAUCAUCGGCACCAAGGAAUUCCAGCGGAUCCAGGAGGAGGCUCAGGCUCCGGGGCGACAGCGCGCGGAUCGGCUGCGGAUCCUCAAAUCCCGCCAGGACGCGGCUUUUGAGGCACGCAGCCGGGCCCGCAGGGAGGAGCAGCGGCAGGAGGAGCUGCGGGAGGCUCAGGCCUGCUCGGAGCUGGAGCGGGAGCAGGAGCGGGAGCGCCGGGAGCUGCUGGAGCGCGCGGCCGGGAUGAGGCUGGAGCAGGAGGACGAGAUGCGGCACCUGAACUCGCUCCUGCUGAGUGCCCGCUGCAGCUCCAUCCUGGACCAUCAGCUGGCAGAGAAGCGGCAGAUGCAGGGGGAGCUGCGGGCGGAGGAGCAGCGCCUGGAGCGGCUCAUGGACAGCGAGCGGGAGAAGGAGCUGCAGCUGCAGGAGGAGCUGGAGCGCAGCAGGAAGCAGGAGCUCAUCAGCACCAAGCUGGAGGUGCUCCAGCAGAUGGAGGAGCGGCAGGAGCAGCGGGCACUGAGGGCUGAGCAGAAAUUCCAGGAGGGCCAGAGGUUCCUGGAGCACCUGGAGCAGAUGAAGAGGGAGGAUCGCGAGGCCUGGCAGCAGCAGCAGCAGCGCAAGCGGCAGCUCCUGGCCGAGAUGAAGGCGGUGGACGCGGAGAACGAGCGGCUGCGACAGCGCGACAGGGAGCGCGACAGGCGAGCGGAGCUGCGGGCCCUGGAGGAGCAGCGCCAGAAGGGGGAGCGGGACGCGGCGCUGGAGGCGGAGCGGGCGCGGCUGCGGCGGGAGCGGCAGCGGGAGCUGGAGCGGCUCAAGGCCACGCAGGAGCACGAGCGGGGCUGGCAGGAGGAGCAGGAGGCCCUGCGCUGCAGGCGCAGCCAGGAGGCGGCGGAGCGGGAGUGGCGGCGCCGGGAGCUGCAGCGGGAGCGGCGCCGCGCGGAGCUGCUGCAGGAGCUGCAGCGGGGCCGCCGCGAGCAGGCGACACAGCGGCGACAGCAGCUGGCACUGGCACUGCAGCGGGAGCGCCGCGACUUCCUCGCCAUGCUCAGCGCCCAGCAGGAGCAGCUGGCCCGGGAGCAGGACCAGCAGCUGGCACGGCAGCGGGCACAGCGCGCCCACGGGGAGGCGCUGCAGGAGCAGAUCCGGGAGUCGCGACAGCGGCGACAGGCGCGACAGAGCCGCGGCCAUCGAGGAGGGACAGUGGGAGCUGUCACGGGCACGGGAGCGGGCAGAGCACCUGGCACAAGUGGGACAGCAGAAACUGCAGCGCCUCAGGGACAGCGGGGUGCCCGACAGGUACUGUGCCCUGGUGGAAAAGAGGGCCUGGGGCACGGCCAGCACUGCCACCUCCUGAUGCCACCCUGCCACCUCCUGAUGCCACCCCUGUCACCUGCUGAUGCCACCUCUGAUGCCAGCUGCCAUUCCCCAGGGAUCGGGGGAGCAUUGCCCUUUUUUCCAUGGUUUGAACCCAUUUUUUCCCUCUCUUUUUACCCAUUCUUUUAUAGAUUUUAACCCAUUUCCCCCCUAUUUUAACCCUCUUUAAUCCUUAUUUUUUCCCAAUUUUAAUCCCUAUUUUAACCAAUUUUCAUAUAUUUAACCCAUUUUCCCCCUAUUUUUCCUAAUUUUAAUUUCUAUAUUUCUCCAUUUUUAAUCCCUAUUUUUUCCCAAUUUUAAUCCCCAUUUUUACCAAUUUUACCCCCUAUUUUAAACCCAUUUCCGUUUAUUUUUAACUUAUUUUUACCCCUAUUUAACCCUUUUUACACCUAUUUGUAACCCUUUUAAACCCAUUAUCCCAAUUUUUAGCCCAUUUUUAUGUGUAUUUUUAACCCAUUUUAAAACCCAUUUUUACCCCUAUUUUGCCCCAUUUUAUCCCUAUUUUUACCUAAUUUUUUGUUCAUAUUUUUAAUCCAUUUUAACCCAUUUCACCUUAUUUUUAGCUCCUUUUAAUCCCUUUUUUAUCCCUGCAUUUCCCCCCAAUUUUAUCCCUAUUUUAACCCUUUAUAAUCCCUAUUUUUAACCCUUUAUAAUCCUUAUUUUAACCCUUUAUAAUCCUUAUUUUAACCCAUUUUUAGUCCCUAUUUUAACCCAUUAUAUCCCAAAUUUUAACCGAAUUUUAACCCUUUAAACCUCAUUUAAUCACUUUCUUUUUACAUUA